AUGAAGCCCGUUGAUACCACCAAAGAGGACCCUACGCCGUGCCCAACUUGCGGGUGGUCUGAUUUACGGCGGAGCAGAUGCAGCCACACAAGUCAGGUCAAGCUCGUCAAUGCAGUGAGCAACCGGGCCUGGUGGAAUGUCGGGAGUGACAUGAUCCUGAAAGAGGAUCCGCACGACAAGUGGCAGACGUCAGAAGUUGCCAACCUCGAAUUUGUCCAAGAGAACACCACAAUCCCUGUUCCGACGAUUGCCAAGGACUGGGUUCAGAGUGACAACCGCCAUUUCCUUCUCAUGGAGCGUAUUCCAGGCGAAACUAUGGACAAACUGUACCAUAAGCUAUCCACUGAGGAGAUGGAGGGUAUUGCCGAACAAGUGGCUGAGUUUAUUCAACAGCUUAGGCCACUGCAGUCCCCCGAAAUUUGUGGCAUUGGAGGCACGCCGCUGCACAAUGGCUGGGUUUUCCUUAACAACAUGGAGCCCGCUGGCCCAUUCUCGUCUGAUGAGGAGCUUUGGGACUUCAUGAAAGACGGCUUAGCCAGGCUCCCAACGAAGGCGGUUGACCUGGAUCCGGAGAACAUCGUGAUUAAGGAUGGAAAAGUGACUGGGAUCCUAGACUGGGAGUUUUCUGGGUAUUAUCCUGUCUGGUGGCAGUACGUAGCUGCCGGGAAAGGGAGUCCAGAAGAGGUAAAAUGGCUAGAAAUUAUGGAAAGGAAGAUUAAGGAUCCAUACCCGGAAGCAAGACAAUGGCAUAAGGACCUUCGUCACCUGAGCUUCUACCUAGACUUGACUGAAGAUGGCAAAAAAACUUUGGAAAGGCUGAUGGCAGACGGCGAAUGA